UGUGCGGAUUAGACGCUCGUUAUCCUCUUAGCCUCUAAAUGGCUCCACGUUGCUGCAUGCGCUCCUGGGUUGUCGUUUGCUGUCGGGGGCGCACACGCACGAACCACCCAAAAACGAAAAAAAAGAAAGAUACAACACACGCGCGCGCCUAGCGUGCCCACCCAUCGCGCGUCGAUCUCGCGCAUUACGCACGGGUGUCUCCACCCCACAUUAAAAAAAAAAACCCUGUCCUUUUGCGCGCGCGCAGUGACGUGCCUAACCCGAAUUGAUCUUUCGGACCCUAAUCUCAUCAACUCUUCUCCUCGUCCAUUGGGAAGCCGCAUCAUCUCUAACACCGCCCCCCUCAACUUUCGUAGUAUUCUUAGUAGUAUUGGUCCCGUGUGAAGCGGUGGCGCUUCAGGCUGCGUGUAUACGAUGAGUAUUUGAGAGCAGUGGAACGAUGGCGAGCGGCAGCUGGACACGGACACGGACCUCGUUCUUCCUGCACUUUGUCUUCUUUGUGAUCUGCUGCUUGGCCACUCGCAGCUCCGCCGCCAGGAGGUCCAGUGCCAGGAGAGCCGAUCGUCUGAGUCCCCCGUUGGACAUCCAGUUGGAGAGCGUCAACUGCAGUGCCAUCAGUGUGCGAUGGAAGAUGCCGCGGCGACAUGUUAGCACCAUCACCGGAUACAAGGUAUUCUACACAGAAAUGAAAAAUGGCCGUCCCCUGGGUACGGCCUCUGUAAUGGACGUCCCUCUUAGUUUGGAUAUGCUAACUACGGGCCAAUUUGAUGGACAGGCAAACUUUGAUGUGGAUAUAGGCAACCUAAAGGUCAACACCAAGUACCGAGUGAGCGUUGGUGCCUACGGCUGGGCGGGUGAGGGUCGACCCAGUAUGCCUCGAGACAUCGGCACAGCCUCGCAUGAUACGUGCAUGCCGCCCUCACCCCCAACCGAGCCCAUUGUCGUGGCGAUAUCUGACACAGAGUUGGCGUUGUCGUGGCAGCAAGGGGAGAGCGAGGGCAGCGCGCCUGUCCUCCACUUCCUGGUUGCUUACAUCAGGCCGGAAAUGGACACAGAGUGGACGUACAUCCGCGAGCCCAUCGAGAGCAACUCCAUGGUUCUGAAGGGCCUCAUACCCGAGACCGAAUACCAGUUUGUCAUCCGAGCCGUCAACAUGCACGGGGCAAGCCCGCCAAGCCACGUCAACAACCCGGUGCGCACCCUGGGAGCCUCAGACGUGGGCAGCGGCGAUUACGGACGUUAUUUCACGGAUACGCAGAUCAAGGACGAUGACGGUUUUGACAUGGACGAUUCCGACUAUGAUAUCUUUAUUGAGGAACUGAAGCCGUUCCCUGCUAUCAGCCAAGACAGUAGCAAGUCACAGCUUCGCUCUCGCUCUGGUCCAUCGAGUCAGAACAUUGUUUACCGCAUGAACACCAUGGUGCCGCCCAACACCACGACGUUACCUUCGGCUUCUUCCUCCACCAGUACUGCCAUCUUCCCAGACUUCUCCGAUUUGAUUUUCCCCACCAGCUCGGAGAGCAAGGUCACAACAACUACCACCACCACCACCACCACCACUACCAGCAGCGCGGCGCCUGCGCCCACCGCCGCUGCCACCGUGUCCCCAUGGAAGGGCGAUGUUCCUCGGGUGUACCAACUGACCUGCGACGACACCGUGUGCCCGCCCGACAGCUUUUGCCUCGCAGACUUGGAGAGAGGAGGAUCGAGAUGCCACUGCAACCUUGGACGUGCCGGUGACACUUGUUCUCAAGAGGUGUCCGUCAAGUUUCCCAGAUUCUAUGGCUACUCGCACAUGACCUUUGAACCUCUGAAGAACUCCUACCAGACCUUUCAGAUCUCAGUGGAGUUCAAGGCGGAUGCAGAGGAUGGCUUGCUGUUGUACUGCGGUGAGAACGAACACGGCCGCGGAGACUUCACCUCUUUGGCCCUGCUGCAAGGGAAACUGCAUUACAGGUUUAACUGCGGAACAGGUGCCGCACAGAUCGUCAGCGAGAGCCGCGUGGUCAUUGGUCAGUGGCACACGGUCACAGUCUUCAGGGACGGCACGAGCGGCUGGCUACGACUGGACAAUGACACGCCCAUAUCUGGUCGAUCCUCGGGCCAGUACACCAAGAUCACAUUCCGCUCGCCGCUGUACGUCGGCGGAGCUCCAAGCACCUACGGGCUGGCGAAAGCGACAGGCACCGGCAGAGGCUUUAUGGGCUGCAUCCAAAGCUUGAGCCUCAACGGCAAGGCCACCGAUGUCAGACCGUGGCCGUUGGGCAAAGCUCUGAGCGGCGCCGACGUAGGCGAGUGCAGCGACAGUGUGUGCGACGUGGUGGGCUGCGGUAACGGCGGCGUGUGCUUUGUCAACCGCGCCGACACCUUUAUCUGCCUCUGUCCACUCGGCUUCAGAGGAGCACUGUGCGAAGACAGCUUCUCUCUGUUCUCGCCGCUCUUCAAUGGGACGAUGUUGUCUUAUGCCGUGGUGCCGUGGCCUCAGCCCACCCAGAGCUAUUUGUCCUUCAUGGAAUUCGAGAUGACCUUCCGCCCAUCAACGCCUGAUGGCACGCUGCUGUACAGCGACGACGAUGGCAGCGGCGACUUCUUGGCUAUUAACCUGCUGGACGGAUACGUGGAGUUCAGAUUCGACUGUGGCUCUGGAGGGGCUGUUCUGAGGAGUGAAGAGCAGAUUGAUAUGGACGCGUGGCACGAGCUGAGGGUGUCCCGCACGGCGAAAAGCGGAAUCCUGCAAGUGGACAGCCAGAAGGCAGUGGAAGGAUUUGCUGAGGGAGCUUUCACGCAAAUCAACUGCAGCUCAGCACUUUACAUUGGUGGUGUAGCGCAGUAUGACAAAACCAAGAGGACGGCGGGCGUCAGGAAGCCCUUCACAGGAACGAUUCAAAAGUUGGUCCUGAACGAUCGCAUUAUCGCCAUCACGAGCGGCUCGGCAGGUGGCGUCAACGUGGCCAACUCGGAUCACCCAUGCGUGCAAAGCCCUUGCGCCAACGGCGGCACCUGCAGACCCAAGUGGGACGCCUACGAGUGUGACUGCGCCCUCGGGUACGACGGCAGACACUGCCAGAAAGAAUGUGGAAACUACUGCUUGAACACCGUGACGGAAGCCAUUGAGAUCCCACAGUUCAUGGGUCGCAGUUACCUCACCUAUGACAACAGGGACAUCCUCAAAAGGGUGUCAGGUUCAAGGAACAACGUGUUCAUGCGCUUCAAGAGCAGUGCCGGGGACGGCCUGCUGCUAUGGAGAGGAGACACACCCAUGAGAGCCAACAGUGACUUUCUGUCCUUGGGGCUGCAGGGCGGCGCGCUCAUCUUCAGUUAUAACCUAGGCAGCGGUGCGGCAAACAUCGUGGUCAACGGAACCUUCACUGAUGGGAAGUGGCACAGAGUCAAAGCUGUCAGGGAUGGUCAGUCCGGGAAGCUGACCGUGGACGACUACGGUGCCAGAACGGGUCGGUCACCAGGCAAGAUGAGACAGCUCAACAUCAACGGACCCUUAUAUGUCGGAGGCAUGAAGGAGAUCGCCCUGCACACCAACCGGCAGUACGUGGGCGGCCUGCUGGGUUGCGUGUCACACUUCACGCUGUCCACCGACUACCACGUGGCGCUGGUGGAAGAUGCCGCCGAUGGCAAGAACAUUAACACGUGCUCCAACUAGGACCACUCCAAUGACUGUUUUGGAAAUCUUUCCGUCUCCAAAAACUUAAACGAUUGUGGUUAGCAGCGGGUAAAAAAAAAAAGCUUACAGGUAAUUUGGAUCUUUGGAAGGACUUUUUUUGCUGGGGUGGUUUCAAGCACAUUUCUAUUUUUUCUACUGCAAAUCCUUAUUUGAUUGCUAUUGCUGGAAGGAGCGACUGAUCCGCAGGAUCAAGCGUUAUGUGUUUGUUUUUCAGCGGCCUGACCGAGAGCAGCUAGCGGUGAUCAAGUUCUUUGUAGGGGAUUUGCUUAGGGCCUUUAGGGACCUUCACUCACUUUUCAAGCCCUUCUUCUGUGUUCUUCUCGUGCUCGUGUAGAUAAAGCGAUAGUCGGCCAAAGUGGAGCGUGUAGCGGCGUUUGUGUGUUUUUAGUGUACGCCCUGAUGGUUUUAUACAGAGAGAUGCUCGCCAGCUCCUCUUGCUGCUCAUGGACGCUUAUUGUUGUGAGGGAGAAUCCGUUGGGUGUGGUUGUAAUUGCCCCACCGGCCAAUAAGGAAAAAAAAAAAAGACUCCUGCUCCGCUGGACAGAGAGCUGACAUGAACAGGAAGUCAGAUCAGACAUGCAAUCCCUAUAAAACAGGAAAGAAAUUGUAUCGAGCAAGCACAGGAAACAUCAUAGAUCAACAGAAUGGCUGAAGUUCUUACUCCAGCUUCUUGUUGAAAGGGCACAAUUGGAACUGCCCCGUAGGCCAUCGAGAGAAAAUUGGCAUGAAUUGGUCACGGCCAGGCACCUGGGCAGAGUUGGCAGGAACAGGACCAGUAAGUCAGGAACAGCAAAACGAUCCGGAAAUCAGACAGACUUACAUAUAAAUUCAUUCUAAAACGUAACAAUGAAAAUCAAAUAGAAUCCAGUGAGCAGAUUUGGUAUCGUAAAUGCACAGCAUGACUCAAGUUCCUGUUCCUGUUCUCAGUCACUUGCGAGUUGGAUUGUAUUAGUGUUCAAUCCUCACUGUACCACAAGCCACUUAAAAAAUGUCAUUUAUCGGUCACGGCCACAAAGCCGAAUGGCAAAAUAUCUGCCCCUGGAACAGAUGGUCAGCAGGAACAGGAACAAAUCUGGAUCUUCUGAUCUAUGGUUCUGUUGUAUUCCUGUUUGUAUCUCAGGCACUAUUCCAGUGGCACCAAAUGAGUUGGUUGGGCCACGCGAGGUGAAAUUCGACAUAUUGACAGUCAUGAGUCAGCAGCGAAUAACACACAGCAACAUCAGUUUGUUUUCAGCAAAAAUAAAGCGAAUGUCAGUAAUCACCUGUGGCCGUUUUAUUUCAUUUUAAUGAGCGUGUCACAUUGAAACAGAAAGACUGAAACAAGAUGUGUGACUUAUUUUAUUUGUAAAAACUAAUUGUCAGUAGAUAUGUGGACAGCAAUCUUAGUAUUUUUUUUAUUUUUAAUUUUUGCUUUUCAUAAGAUGUUAAACAUUUUUUUUCAAUGAUGGCAACUGAUAUGUUGACAUCUCAGUUUUUAAAAUUGGAUUGCAAUUGUCCUUUUCAAUUAUGAAUUAAACGGGAUUUUGCAAUUUUCCCUGCCCAAAAUUAACUUUUUGUCAUAUAUCGUACAAGUGUCAGUCUGACCUGGCAGUCGUACAAGAGUAAAAUGAUCUGU